AGCCUGAGAUUUCAGGGAGAGGAGGUGGGAUGACGUCAGGUCACGUGACCACUGGCGGCGUUGUCAACAAUCCACCCCUGAGGGGGAGGGAGCGAAGUAUCUAGAACCACGUGUUCCUGUGACGCCAUUAGAACAGGUCACGUGACAGCGUCGACUCGCUCUUGGUUUGGGGUCUAAGGAGGCAGGUCACUGAGUUUCUGGGCUUGACACCUCUAGUUAUACCUUGUUCUUUUGGCCCCAAGUAUAAGGACUUUGCCUAAGGAGACGUUGUGGAAGGAGCCGCUUGCGUUCUAAGUCUUUAAAACAAAACAAAAAAAAAUCUGGAUUUAAUUCUGUUUCAAGUGACUUAGCAACUCUGGUACGUGGAGCAGGUACUGAAAGGGUCGCGUAGACUUACAAUAAACAGCUUUGAAUGCUAAGGUCGGCGCAGAUGAGAUGGGCUCUCGGUCACUGGGACCAGUAGCCUGUUGGUGCUAGUGGGAUACGGAGAUGAGACUGGAAUAGCCCUUAAAGACUGCACAGAACUUUCCUUAGUUGGGAUCUGAAUCUGCCUGCGUUUGAGGCACAAUGUGGAGGUGUGACUUUAGAGCAUAUCAAUGGGCUGCUGGUCGUCAAAGAAACCUUCAAAAAUGAUUCAGAUCGGGGAGAGAUCGAGCAGACAUGAGUGGGAGGUAUUUCUUGAGUCUUAAGAUAACUCAUUAUGGGUUUUGAAAUAAUUGCAAGGAGAGUGCAAAAGGACAGGAAGAACCCGGUCGUGCAGCAGUUCAAAAGCCUUGACCCUGCAGGCUUCUCCUUUUCCGAGUCACAGAAUACCCACCCUCCGUUUCUAGUUCCAGUUUGCUACUCUACGGUACCGAACAUUUUAGUAGACGCGGAAUUCUUAGCUGUAGAAGGAGGAAAGGAAUGAGAAUCCACCGCUUCACUCCUGCCUAUAUUUCCAUGAAACCAGGAACGGUUUACGUUUGCCACUGUCUUCAAACUCUGAAUUUUCUCUUCAUUUAAAGUAACCUUGAGAACCCGAUGACUUGGUGCAUUCUGCUAAUCCCACCGUUCAGGUAGUGGAAAGGAUCAGGAGUUUAAAGGUAGCCUCAGUGACAGUGGAAUGGUGGCCACCCUGGGCAGCCUGAGGACGUCUCAUCUUCCCCGCCCCCACCACCGUAAAGAAAGUAACCUUGAGGAUUGUUAGAAGCCAGCCUUGAAAAUGGAGAUGUAUGAAACUCUUGGAAAAGUGGGAGAGGGAAGUUAUGGAACGGUCAUGAAAUGCAAACAUAAGGAUACUGGGCGGAUAGUGGCCAUUAAGAUAUUCUAUGAGAAACCAGAAAAAUCUGUCAACAAAAUUGCAACGAGAGAAAUGAAGUUUCUAAAGCAAUUUCGUCAUGAAAACCUGGUCAAUCUGAUUGAAGUUUUUAGACAAAAAAAGAAAAUUCAUUUGGUAUUUGAAUUUAUUGACCACACAGUCUUAGAUGAGUUACAGCAUUACUGUCAUGGACUAGAGAGUAAGCGACUGAGAAAGUACCUGUUCCAGAUUCUCCGAGCAAUUGAGUAUCUUCACAAUAAUAAUAUUAUCCAUCGAGAUAUAAAGCCUGAAAAUAUUUUAGUCUCCCAGUCAGGAAUUACUAAGCUUUGUGAUUUUGGGUUUGCAAGGACACUAGCGGCUCCUGGGGAUGUCUACACAGAUUACGUGGCCACUCGCUGGUACAGAGCUCCGGAACUGGUGUUAAAAGACACCUCUUAUGGAAAACCAGUGGAUAUCUGGGCUUUGGGCUGUAUGAUCAUUGAGAUGGCCACUGGCAAUCCCUACCUUCCUAGCACUUCAGAUUUGGAUUUGCUCCACAAGAUUGUUUUAAAAGUAGGCAACCUGACCCCGCACCUGCACAAUAUCUUUUCCAAGAGUCCCAUCUUUGCCGGGGUGGUUCUUCCUCAAGUUCAACACCCAAAAAAUGCAAGAAAGAAAUACCCAAAGCUCAACGGAUUGCUGGCAGAUAUAGUUCAUGCUUGUUUACAAAUUGACCCUGCAGAGAGGAUAUCAUCUACUGACCUUUUGCGCCAUGAAUACUUUACUAGAGAUGGAUUUAUUGAGAAAUUCAUACCAGAGCUGAGAGCUAAAUUAUUACAAGAAGCAAAGGUUAAUUCCUUCGUAAAGCCAAGAGAGAAUUUUAAAGAAAAUGAACCCAUGAGAGAUGAGAAGAAACCGAUUUUUACCAAUACAGUGCUUUAUGGAAAGGAAAUGGACAAAGACAAAAAGCCCAAGGAGAUCAAAGUCAGAGUUAUUAAAGUCAAAGGAGGGAAAGGAGACGUCCCAGACCUGAAAAAGACAGAGUGUGAAGGCGAACACCGCCAGCAGGGCACAGCUGAUGACACACACGCCUUAUCUCAGGAUAGAAAGCCUGCCAUCACUGAAGUGCUAAACCCGGUCAAUCCCAGCACGAACUCUGAUGGUGCCAGCGAAGACCUGCAUGCUGGAGGUUGUAUGAUAAUGCCGCCUAUCAACCUGACAAGCAGUAAUCUGAUGGCUGCAAAUCUCAAUUCAAACCUCUCCCACCCCAAUUCACGGUUAACUGAAAGAGCAAAAAAGAGACGUACUACUUCACAAACUAUUGGACAAACUUUGUCUAAUAGCAGACAAGAGGACACAGGUCCCACGCAAAGCCAAACAGAGAAAAGCGUAUUUAAUGAUCGAACAGGCCAGAGUGAUCAAAUGGCGAGUGGAAACAAAAGAAAGCUGAAUUUUUCCAGAUGCGACAGGAAAGAAUUCCAUUUCCCUGAACUGCCAUUCACAAUACAGGCGAAGGAAAUGAAAGGAAUGGAAGGAGCUGUACAACUGUAACUGAGACCUUGGCAGUAUGAAGUUCUCAGGCCUGACGGUUUACCUUGGAGAAAUCCCUUCUGUUAUGUGUGUUCCUAUCUGCUUCCUACUCUUGAAGACUAGACCAGUUCUCGAUCGGGUCCAGGGCAAUGGUGAAUAAUAAGACAAGGCAAUACAGUGAAUAUGGCUUUAUAACUAUGGGCACCCAACAAUCAUUUCUUUUUUUUGUUUUUUUUUCAUUUCUUUAUUUAUGUCACACAGUCUUAACUCAUACUCUGUCUGUUAUUUGGGGUUGUUCACUGCAAACUAGAGUCAAAAUUUGAUCUGAAAUGACCUUAACCCCACUCUAGCAGAACAAGUAUGUAAGGAGGCUUCUUAGGUACUUUCUUCGGCACACUAGAGGGAGGUACCCAGGGAAAGCAGAAUUGGUCAAGCCAGUCCACCUGGCCAAGCAGGUUGUCCUUGAUAUAGGAGAAUUUUCAGCCCCGCCAUUUGUGGAUGGGGCCACUGAGGCCCUCUCUUAGCUUGUGGGUCACCGUGAUGCCCUCGAAGAUGCGUCUUGCCCAGCAUGUGUCAGACUUGGUUGCUCUCCACAGAAGAGCUUAAAAGACCAGCUCUUGCCUUGCCCUUCAUGGUUAACCAUUCUUUGGCUUCUAUUACCUCUCAGACUCUGGGGAGAGCAGUGUAUAACUUCCAUACAUUCCAUUCAUUUCGGCCGGUACUGUUGGAAAAAUUAAAGCUCCACUAGGGCAGUAGCCCUUGUUUGUCCGCAUGACCCCUCUAUCCUCUAGGCAUGGGAUCUGGUAAAUAGUUGGCACUCUGUGGAGCCAAAUAUCUCUGUAAAUGCAGGGACAGUGCAAUGUGAAAACAUUUCGCAAGCCCCAAAGAGAUUCAAUAACCAGGUCAAGGGCAGAUCUAUGAGCUUCCUUUACUGUCGCUGUUAAUACCAGCACCAGAACACAGCAGGACCGAUAUGUCCUCUAGAAAGUAGGCCAGGCUCAUUUCCAGUGAGCUCAGGACUUGGAGAAAAGUGCAAACCGCAGCUGCGGAAGGCCACAGGAGAGGAAGCUAGUCUCAGGACAAGGCCAGGUACCAAGGCCCCGCCAUCGCACCAGGACAGGUGUCUGUUAGGGGUGUCAGGUGAGCGAGUGACAUACCCCAAG